GUGGGCAGUGAGCGGGAUAUGAUUCUCGGAAAGCUGGUCCUGAACGUGGCUCUUUUAAACGCUGGCGUGAAACUAGAGCAGAAAACCGAGGAAAGGAUCAUUUCGAAUCUUCAGAAAGUCUCCGCGCAAAAAAUCUACCUCAUGGAGCCUGCAGCACGCGAGGUGAUGGAGUACCUCGUUCGUGCGUCAAAGUCUGGAAAAAAUCACAAGGUGGAAAGAGUGAACAGCCUGAUGCAACUGUUCACUGUCGGAAAGGUCUCAGGCACUGUAUCCCAAGCAGAAGCUUUGGUAAGCGCCGCCAAGAACAUGCACCACGUUGGACUUUUUUUAGGCGCUGCACAAGGUCAAAUCGAAUGGUUGCACAAUGCAAAGAACCUGAAUUCGCUGUUGCACUUUCUGCAAUUGGACUUGAAGCUGAGCAAAGAAACCUACUCCGUGUACCGACCAUGGUACUUUGCUAGUGUGCUCAAGGAAUUCUUUGGAGGUGGUUGUGGAGAAGAAACUACCCGAAGUAAAGGGGAGACGAAGGAGCUGCAAUGGAAAACGGCCGAGGUUGCGGCGAAGAAGCUUUUCGAGACUGUAACUAAAGCAUUGGAGACCACGGCUGGAGCCUGCUCUAGUGAAGCUGGUGAAGAUGGUCGUGACGAUGACGAAACAAGCAAAAACAAUAAGGGACCGAAAAAGCAUCAUGGUGGAGGAAAGAAGAACAAGAACAACAAGGAACAUGGGGGUCGCGAGCAAUGGGCUCAUACCAGCGGCAACCAUGGGAUCAAAAAAGGACUCGAAUUGUUGCGCAUCUGCGUCGAGGUGUUGCCUCGUGCGAAGUUCGGCGCUGCAGCCUUGCCAGCCUUGUUUUCCAGCGUCCUAGUGCGUGUUUUUUGCACUGCGUUGACCCACAACAAGCAUAAGCAGACCGCCAAUGCUCUGUUGCAGGAGCUCCGCAAAGCCAUGCUCACUGACGACAAGAGCUUUCUGGUCGCCCACUGCGACAAACUAAGGGACCGCCUGUUCUUCGAAGCCUACGAAAAUCUUUCGCACACCUCUCGUGAGUACCAGAGGAUGCCUUCGCGUCUGCAACGUGCAUUGAGCUCCCUGCUCUUGCACCGCCUUUCCGGGGAAAAGCUCCACAUCGUGGCUAGCAAAUUGCUGCUCGCAGAGGAAAAAACUACUACCACUUCUACAUCAAGUGCAACCAGUACCUCUUCUUCCAGAAGUACUUCUUCUUCCAAACAAGAGGAUCAUCACGAUUUGGUCGGCCCUGAAGCCUUGUCAAGUCUCACAGCCCACCCGCGAUGCAGCCGCCACAUCCACAAAGCUGUGCUGGCCACGUUUUUGGUGCACGUUGUCGACGUGAAGCGGUAUCCAGCAGCCCAUCUCGAAGAUUUGCGAAAGCGGGUGGAAGAAAACCUCGCCUCCACGACUCUUGCUAAAGCUAUUGCAAAGAAGAUUACCACGACCACCAGUUGUGCUGGAGGUAAAAAGACAUCUAAAUCGACAACUACUGCGGGAGAACAGGAGGACGCGCAAGGGAGGAAGUUGUGGCGAGCGCAAUUCUGGAAAUUGUUGGGCCAAGUGUUGAAAAAAGCGUCCUCAAAGGAAGCUGGGUUCGACAUCCUUAGCUUGGUGUACCUGUUCGCACCACCUGCAUCUUGCCGCGUUCUUGUGAAAAAAGCCGUAGAAGACGGUGAAAACGCUGUUGCUGAUGCUGAGAAAAUGAAGGGAGCUGCAGAUGAUCUGACCAAGCGUGUGCAGGAACUGCUUUCUGUGCACGCAACUACAAGUACAAGCGCCACGACUAGCGGAAAGAAUUCUCCAUCAACAUCGGCUGUUUUGCAACUGCUGCUCGCCAUCGAGUGCGUGCGAUCAAUUGACGACGACCUCGACAACGAGAAAACCAACGAAAUUCUGGAGAAUCUUCUAGAAAAGGUGAAAAUCCUCGACACGACAACGAGCACCACCAAGAAAAAGAACAAGAAGAGCAAAUCUCCUGAGGACAGUAGUUCUUCCACUAGUAGUUGUAAGCAAAUUUUGGUCGACGUUGAAGCCCUGACUGAAGAUCUUCCGCACAUCUACGCAGACACAGUGGGUUUCGUCAAAGACGCUGUGGCGGAGUGCUGGGCUGCGAUCCUCCCAGAACUCUUCCAGAACAAGUCAGACGCUGAGGUACAACUUGCAAUUGUUACUUCUUUUUAUGCUAGAAGAAUUAUCCUGUACAACUCAUUCAUGAUUUGUAUAAUUACUAUUAUGAAAUAGAAACUGUUCUUGUUCAUCUUCAGAGUCGUGCUGUCUAUGGCGUGUUGUUUGUUUCGCUCCUAUAGGAAUGCAUAGUGAAGAUGAGCAUAUUUUUAUUGUACUCACCUACUAGGUCAAACAGGGUAUCGACAAUGAAGAGGUAGCUGACGAAGGCAUGGCAGCAAUGUUUGAGGAGCAACUGAAAUAUGCAAGAGGAGCGGCCGUCGCCCAGUCUCCGGCAAUGCAGGUCCUCUUAGGUUUGUGCCUCACUCUAUGUGAGAGUGGUGCUGAAGAGACAGGUGCUGGUGGUGCUGCUGAAGACGAGGAAGGUGAAGAUGGAAGUGACAUGGAAGAAAAUGUUGACAUGCUAGGUGAAGGUGGUGCUGAAGAUAAGAAGAAAGGCGCAGAAGAUGACGAGGACGACGAAAAGAGUGAGUCCGAAGAUGAAGACGAUGAAAUGAACGGUGGAGACGAGAAGAAGGCCACCACGAGUGGUGCACCAGAACAAGUUGUUGGUCACGUCGUUCACAACAGCUUCAACGAGAUCGCGGUUGCUGAUUCCGACGCGUUGAUGACGAUUCUCACUGAAGAGGAUGCCAAUGACGAAAUGAGCAAGCUCGCGCAGUCCUUUGGAGUGAAUCCGAGCAACAAAACAGACCCGAGUAAGCCUACUUCCAGUGCUGACAGGAAAGUCGAGGCUCUGAAGACCCGCAUGGGGACGCUCGUGAAACAGAUCAAGUACCUGGACUUGGUGGCCGAAUUUUUGGACCAACAAGGGGCGGCAACGACAAAUACUACCUCAAAUACAACAACUUCUACGAGUAGCAGUUCUUCGUCAAGAGGUUCUUCUAGCAAGAAAGAAUCAUCUGAACAACAACAACAACAAGGACAAGCUUCUCCCACCAAUUCAAGUAGCACGACAAACACUGCGGCAUUUGCGAUCGAUAUUUUGCAUCAGCUCUUUGAUGGUCUAGUUGUCGCGAAUAAGCGUAGCGCAAAAGUUGCUACGCAAACUAAGGGUCAAGAGAAAUGCGUGACGUCGGAAGCCACCACGAAGCUGAGGGACAUUGUUCGCAAACACUGUGAAAAGCUGCUGCGAAAGGCAUCUCCGGAAGUGCGUCGAAAAUUCGGCGCACAAGUGGUCCAAACUUGUGCCCAUAUGAAGCUGAAGCUCUCGCAUCUCUUCGAGGCAGGAGCGGCCGCAGCUGUGGCAGCACUAGCGACCAAUGGAAUUGUCGACCAGAGCGUGCUUCAAAGUAACAUUCUUAUAAUCUGCCCUUCUACAGCACCUUGGCUUGAUCACAUCUUAUUCUUGCUUUUUCAUUUUGACAAACAUGCAAGUAGAACCAACUAGAGUUAUCCUGUCCUGUCUUGUUGACUGACACGGAUUCAAUCUAUAAUCCAUCAGUUUGCUUUUACACCAAGAUCAUCUUCGCACCUUUCCACUCAGACACCUUUCCACCCUUUCUGAAUAAUAAAACUACAGACACGUUAGAGCAAUGGUUGAAAAAAGACGACACCAAGUGGGGCCCUACCUUCAUGAAGGCCGUCGCAGAUCGAUAUCCUAAGUCCUUCCUGCAUGUAAAUUGGAUGGCAUUGUUGGAAAAAGAGGGAAAAGCCUUCUGCAAGAACGAAAUCCGAUCCUUCCUGGUCCAUCUCAUCCAGCGAAAUCGGGAUGUGGUAUUUCUGGGUUGUAGUAGUAGUUGAACAAUUGAUUUGUCGGAAACGGGAUUUUUGUUCGUUUUUGAGAAGAAGAUAUUGAGUCCUUUGGUCUUCCACGGUCCACCUCAUUAUUUAUCCUCGGGAUGUGGUAAUAUAAAUAUGUCUGGAUUUUAGUAGUAGUUCAAUUCAUUCGUUUUCGUUCUUCGCGGUCCCUUGUUCGUUGUAGUAGUUGAAUUUAUUUGUCAAAAGAGUAAGUAAGAGUGACUAGAAGAAGAGCGUAGGUAACGCAUGAGUAGAUUGUAGAGGAGUGUACCCCCUCUACUGGGCUGGCGAAUUGUUAGUUACCAGCGAUUUUGUAUAUUUGUCAUAUGCUUUGUCCUUAAUCAGUGAAAAGAUUCGCGGUGAUCAUGGAGAAGAGGAAGAUGGUCGACCAUCUUCUGAGUUGUAUGUCAGACUGUAAGAGGAAGAUGGUCGAGCUGCAUCUUCUGAGUUGUAUGUCAUAACCUUCUUCUAAAUCCUUACGUUAAAUGAUCAUGAUCAUGUUCCUGCUCUUCCUGAUGUUGUAACUCGAACAUCAACCAGAACAUCAACACCUCUUUUCCGUACCUCCAAUAAAAAAUGUAUUUACGUUCAUCUCGAGGUGGAUCUCCUAGGUAGUUGUACCAAUAAAAGCAAAUGUUGAUCCAUUGUUAUUGUUUUCCUCCAUAUCGUCCAGGAAUCUCGAUCUCCCACCAAUUAUAAAAGCAAAUCUUGAUCCAACUACAUUGUUUUACUCCAUAAUUUCCAGGAUUUCGUCCCCGAACUUGCGGCCCUCGUGAAGCAUUGUGUGAGGACGCUAGCGGACGACAGGACGACCAAGAAAAUAGAGCAGGAAACGAUGAGAACUACGCUGCACAUCCUGGAAUUCCUUCGUGAUCAUCGAGGUCCAUGUGAAGCUACAGAGGGAGGAAAAGAAGACUUUGGCCUCGAAUUGUUGGAGACUAAAAAGCAGAAACAUGCGGCAUCAAAAAACAAGAUUUACCAGAUGAUCUGCCAGGCAGAAAAAAUAGUCGAAGCAAGAAGAGCAGCUGCCGGUGGAGGUGGUCAGGCGACAACAUCUUCAAAUAUUUGCCAGAAGAUAGUUCUUGGAGAUGAUGAAGAUGCAACAUCAGCAAAGAAGAAGAGGGCAGCAACAUCAGACAAGGAGAAAGAGACGUUGCCUGCUGUUGAAAAUGAAGGUGAUGAGGAACAGGCUAGCCCACCGAAGAAGAAGAAAAAGCUGAGUGGUAAGAAGAAGUUGUAAAUAAGUAUCAGUAUGUUUAUUAGCGUUUAUCAUUGACCACGAUGUUAGUUGAUACGACUCGUCCACAUGGCAUACUUUCUCCUCCUCCAUCUCGCAAACUUUUCAUCCUCUUUUUUUCUAGCUAAUGAUGAAUGAACAUAUGAUCACUGAUUCUGAUAAGAAAUGACAUCGUAUACGAAGACGAAUACGACUUUGCAGAACAACUAGAAUAUAAAGUACACUGCACAAGAAGAACUUUACAACGAUACCGUAUCGCGUUUCCCUCCUCGCUCAUUAUUUGGUGCUAGUACCUCGUCACAAAGGAGUUAUAUAGAAAAAUGCCGCAC